AGCGAGCUUGACUCGGGGCCGCACCGGAACCGGCCGGGCAGCAGUGGGCGCUCGCGAUCCUCCUCUGCCCAACGCGCUCUCCCUCAGGGCUCGGCCUCCUUCGUCCCUCCUCCUGCUCCUGCUCCUCCUCCUGCUCCUCCCCUCUUCAGGAUAGAGCACCAAAACGCCCGCCUGCAAGGUCCUCCGCGGGCUGGCAGCCUUGAGCCGCCGCCACCGCCGGUUCUCUGUGGGUGUCGGAGCCCUUUCCCCGCCCUGGUCUGGGCGUCCCGGAAUUCACUCCACUCGCCGCGGGUGCCCGGCGGUGCUGCACAUGGCCCAGCCUUGGAGCCGAUUUAGGGAGCCCGACGGGCUGGACCACACCGCGGCUCAGUAAUUGGCAGCCUGGGACGCUCAUGCACCACUGACUAGGAGGCAUUCCCUGCUGAGAGCUUCAUGACCCAGCGGUGCGGGGCCCAGUGAAGCCACCGUGGUGUCCAGCAUGGCCGCGCUACUACUGGGCGCGGUGCUGCUGGUGACACAGCCCCAGCUGGUGCCUUCCCGCCCUGCCGCCUCCGGGAUGGAGCCCAGUCAGCAGGAGCUCCUGCGGAAAGCAGGCACCCUCGGGGAUGACAUGCAAGACAGCGGGGCCACCAACGGCUCUGCCCAGCAGCUACCGCAGACCAUCAUCAUCGGAGUGCGUAAGGGCGGCACCCGCGCACUGCUGGAGAUGCUCAGCCUGCACCCCGACGUGGCAGCCGCAGAGAACGAGGUGCACUUCUUCGACUGGGAGGAGCAUUACAGCCACGGCCUGGGCUGGUACCUCAGCCAGAUGCCCUUCUCCUUCCCGCACCAGCUCACGGUGGAAAAGACCCCCGCCUACUUCACGUCGCCCAAAGUGCCUGAGAGAGUCCACAGCAUGAACCCCUCCAUCCGGCUGCUGCUCAUCCUGCGAGACCCGUCGGAGCGCGUGCUGUCAGACUACACCCAAGUGUUCUACAACCACAUGCAGAAGCGCAAGCCCUACCCGUCCAUCGAGGAGUUCCUGCUGCGCGACGGCCGGCUCAACGUGGACUACAAGGCGCUCAACCGCAGCCUCUACCACGUGCACAUGCAGAACUGGCUGCGCUUCUUCCCGCUGCGCCACAUCCACAUCGUGGACGGCGACCGCCUCAUCAGGAACCCCUUCCCCGAGAUCCAGAAGGUCGAGAGGUUCCUGAAGCUGUCGCCCCAGAUCAACGCCUCGAACUUCUACUUUAACAAAACCAAGGGCUUUUACUGUCUGAGGGACAGUGGCCGGGACCGCUGCUUACAUGAGUCCAAAGGCCGGGCUCACCCCCAGGUCGACCCCAAACUACUCAACAAACUGCAUGAAUAUUUCCACGAGCCAAAUAAGAAAUUCUUCGAGCUGGUGGGCAGGACAUUUGACUGGCACUGAUUUGCAUUAAGCUAGGCUCAGAGCCUUUCCAAUUGUAACUUCUGGUUGUACAUCUAGAGGGAAAAAGAGUUUUAAAAGGGCAUUUAAGCUAUAAUUUAUUUGUAAAAAUCCAUAAAUCACUUCUGUACAGUAUUAGAUUCACAAUUGCCAUAUAUACUAGUUAUAUUUUUCUACUUGUUAAAUGGAGGGCAUUUUGUAUUGUUUUUCAUGGUUGUUAACAUUGUGUAAUAUGUCUCUAUAUGAAGGAACUAAACUAUUUCACUGAAAAAAAAAUAGAUUUUUCUGGAAAUGAUGUCUUUUCUUGAAUAUAAUUAACUUGCCCCCAACUCAGAACAGUUUUAUCUGUGUUGCAUUCAUUGCAGAAUCUAUAUUCUUCUGUUACUUGGAAAAAAAAAUGUCUUCAUGGCUAUUAUGGUCCUUUUUCCCUCUUCUCCUUUCUGUUUGGUUCUUUUAAUUUUUAAUGUUUCACUGUGGUCAUCAGCUUUAUUUUUUUUUCCUACUUGCAUUGUAAGAUGUAUCUUCACUGAGAUUCCCUAUUAUUUUUGGAGUUGGCACUUUUACCCACUCCCAACAUCAGCCUGAAUGUGAAUUUUAACCCUAUGUACAAAGUGGAUAAGGUGAUAUUAAGGAUGGAGAAGCAGGGAAAUAACUGGCAAGAAGAUCCCUAUCAUCCAGCUUUGCCUCAAAGGGUGUUUGCACAUAUUUCUGAUCUCAUCAUUGGGCAAAACCUACAAUAAACAGGAUUAAAUCCUUGGCUUUCAAAAUGGUCUUGGGGCUGUGUACUUGGCCCCGGGUGGCAACUGACCUCCAGAAAGCUACUUGGAAUAGAAAACAAAAUUGUCAAA